AUGGAGGCUGUGUCAGUCCCUGCACUAGUUGGUGGGCUUGUUGAUUGUGUAGCCCAGUUAAUAAAAAUAGCUGAAGAGAUCUUACAGUUAAUUUCACAAGAACAAGUUCCUUUUGUGGAGCAAAAUCAUACAGCAGAACAGGCAGCAGCAAAUCCACCUUCUUCUGAGGAAGCUUCACUACCAGACCUCCCUGAUCUCUCAGAUUUAGAAUCAAUACUUACACCAAGAGAAGAUGAAGACCUAAUGUUUGAUAUAGAUCAAGCUAUGUUAGAUACAGAAAACUUAUAUGAAGAUGUACUCUCCAGUAUAAACGAUGACUUAAGUGGAUAA